AUGACGGCAACGCAAGAGGAUAAUUCAAAGCCUUGGGGACGAUUUACACUCGUAUCGAAGGACCCAGCAGAAGAUAGUGAUCAUAUUUAUUUUACUAAUAAAGUAACAACAAUCGGUCGCAAUAAACGUCGCUGUGAUCUCGUGAUUAAUAAACUUUUCAUCAGUAGUAUUCAUUGUGUCGUUCGGUUGGACGGUACAGACGAUUAUGGCAAACCCAUUGUCAAGCUCGAAGAUAAUAGUCGAAAUGGGAUUUGGGUCAAUGCAGACCGCUUAGGUAAAGGAGCUUCGAUGCAAUUGGAUAGUGGAUUUACCGUCCAUUUUACAAAACCUGGUACAACACCAGCAGGUGUUACUCCGAUGGCUUACAAGUUUGAGUUUCUCAACAGAGUCCAUGAUUCUUUCCUGCCAGUCUCUCCAGAACGUAAAAGGAAUGAAGGGCUAGAAAAUGUCGAUAUGGCAGUCGUUGCUGACGAACCUUUUGAGGCAACACAAUUUUUGACUUCACCAGCAGAUUUAUCGUCUCCGUCGGAUCGGAAGCGUAAACGAAUGGACGAGGAUUAUGCGGCCGAUACUGUUGCAACUUACGAAGACGAAAGUGAGCUCGAGAGUACAAACAAACAGCUUAAGAUUGUAGAAAGCAAAUUGAAGACUACAGAAGAUCAAGUAGGUCUGAAAGAAGGGUUGGAGCAAACUGUGCAGGCUCAAGUGGACAAACUUGCGAAAGAAAAUUUGGACUUGAUGGUAAAGCUGAAGGCAUCGACAGCGGAGAACUUUCAACUUAAGACAGAUUUGGCCGCGAAAGACAAAGAUGUGGAAGCAAAGAUUAGGGAGGCAACAACAAAAAGCCUCGAAGUAGCUGCAAAAAAGACGGCUCAGCUGAAGGAAGACGCGGUUACGAAAGAGAAAGCCAUGGAACUGAAGAUCAAGCAAUCACUUACGAAAUCGUUUAAGGCAGUCCUCGAGACAAAAUCGCAAGAAAUGACUACCAUGCUUAAAGAAGCGACGAAGAAGUACCAGCAAAAGGUUGACACAGAACACUAUGAGGAGCGAAAAGAGAUCAGCGAGAAGAUGGCCGCCUUUGCCAACGAAAACGAAAAGCUGCACACAGCUCUCAGUAUGAAGGACGAGGAGCUAGCUGAAUGCAGCGAUAAGAUCGCAAGUAUGCAAGACGAGAUCACUGCUUUAAAGGGAAAAGUCAACAUUUUGAGUGCAAAGGAGAAGAAUGUAGCCGCAUUCGAGGAAAAAAUUGCUGAGCUGGAGGAGAGGCUUAGCGUAUCGAAGGACGAAAGUGCAGAGAUUUUAGGGCUACUGGCUGCAGCAGAAGAAAAGAUCGUUGCUGCAGAAGAUAAGGCUGCCAAAGCAGACAUAGCUGCUGCUCAUACCAAUGCUAGCAACACUACUGAUGUGAGUGAGCAACACGAACUGCGAAAGUCUAUUUCGUCUCUGCGAGAGGAGCUGAAGAUAUACCGGACUGAGCUUGCGAGGCGAGAAGAAGAGCACCGGAAGGCCACAACGUCCGUGGCAACAGCAGCAACAACAAGUAUUGCUGCACACAGUAUUCCACAAGGCGAGGAUGCAGAUGCUGUACGCGCCAAAUUGGCUGCUGCAUUGAGCCUAUUCAGCCAACUGCAAGCUCUUGUCAUCCAAGGUACCAAGUUGACCACCAUGACGAACAGCUCAGAGCUUCAUUUGUCGCCAACUGCAUCUGCGGAGUCGGAAUGUAACAGCACAGGAGCAUCGAAGUCCCCAUUGUCUUUGUCCGCUGAAGAUGGCCAACACAAUGGAAAAGCCGAUUCGAAAACGUCGCCGUCCAAGUUAAAGUCGCACAAACAGGCGUCUACGACGAUCGAAGCAGAUGCCGCUUCGGUGCUUGCAGGAAUGACAUCGAUUGAAGGUAACGGCAAGAAACACUCGUCAAUUGAUGCAAGCACUACAGCUGCAGAUGGAAGUGACUGGGAAAUGGUGGAGUAA